AGAAGCUUAUCCAUAGCAGUAAUUUACCUUCACAGCUUUAGACUUUGGCUAGUACAUUUUUAUUGGAGCCGAAUGGAAGGCUUUCCUGAAGUCUAGGUACGCUGCAUCCAUAGGAGGUCCACCUGUCCAGCCAUUCUGUCCGUGUAUUCGGACAUUCCGAACAGGUUGUACUACAGGGGAUCAACCAGAAUUUCUGGGCUCUGAGUUAUCAAGAAAAACAGUUUGACAUGUCAGUCAAGGAGGACGUUGGAGAUUCUGCCGUAAACGUCAACCAUGACUACGUACGCAGACUUCUAUCCACAGAAAGUACCCAGUCGACUGAAGACACCCACCUGACGAAGUACGGUUGGGGAACGUUCCGACCUCAGGCCCUACAGUGUCUGAGUGGAGUGAAGGGACUGCUGUUCUUAGUCUCCUUCUACGUCAUCGCCCAGGGACUCAUCGUGGGGGGUCUCAUCUCCACCAGUCUCUCCACCAUAGAGAGACGAUACCGGCUCAGCAGCAAACAACUGGGUCUGAUCGUCACAAGUAACGACAUCUUCACCGGCUGCAUAUUCUUCGUCAUCACGUACCUGGUCCGCACCAGACGGGGGAAGAUCAGGUUUCUAUCGGCGGGGGCUCUCAUCAUGACCACCGCGGCCGUCAUCUGGAUUCUCCCGCACUUCCUAGUCGGGCUGUACAACUACGGGGCCCUGGUGGAGAAAACCUGCGAUCCUCGGGUGGACGGGAGGGGGUCUGAGUGCGAGGAGGGAGAGAGAGGACUGUCCUCGUAUAUGUACAUGUUCAUCGCAGCUGAGCUUCUUUUCGGCACCUCCUCGAUUCCACUGUACACAUUCAGCGCGGACCUGAUCGAGAGCGCGGCUCCACCAAACUCGGGAGGAUUCUAUCUAGGAAUAUUCGGGGCAAUAGCAGGUAUUGGAAUAGCCAUUGGAUACAUGCUAAACGGCCAGCUACUCAACAUUUACAUCGACUUCAACAAAGAAGGAGCGAUUCCCCCGUCCGGCGGACCGGACGACGCCCGAUGGCUGGGCGCCUGGUGGCUCGCCGUUCCCCCGACCGCCCUGAUGGCCUUCCUGGUGUCUCCUUGGCUGGCCGGAAUACCUUCACAACUACCAGGCAAGGCAGCACCUAUGUACCAAGAAGAGGCUUCGGAUAAGAAGAUGCGGAAACCGUUGGCUGCGUUGUACCAAGAAGUCCGUUCGCUUCUUGUAAACUGGACGCUGAUUGGUCUGACGUUUUCCUAUGUCGGGGUGUCUUACAUAGGGGGCGCCAUGACCACAUUCGGAGUCAAAUACAUGCAGAAUCAGUUCGCUCUGUCAGCGGGAUGGUCAGCAGUGCUUGUAGGCAGCAUCUUCAUCCCUGGAGGUGUCCUUGGCAGCCUACUGGGGGGUUAUGUCAUGAAGAGGUUCAAGUUGGGCAUCCAGGGCGCCUUGAAGAUGCUCAUUAUGCUGAGCAGCUGUUACUUUGUCAUCUCCUUCGGCUUCUUACUUCGCUGUGACAACAUCAUCAUGGCAGGAGUCACCUCCCCUUAUGGAUCUGGCCCGGCGCCCCGGACUCCUGUGUACGGUGCAGCAGCGCUGACUGGCGACUGCGUGAAGAACUGCCACUGUUCCAUCGCCUAUGAACCUGUGUGUGGUACAGACGGGGUGGAGUUCUUCUCUCCUUGCUAUGCAGGAUGUCUGACUGAGCCCGAGGUAGAUAGUGAGAAAUACAGUUCCUGUGGCUGUGUGACCUCUGACCCCUCCACACCUGUUACCUCACCCAACAACGUCACCAUGGUAACUCCCGGCCACUGUCCCAGCGCCUGCGCAGUGCUGCCGUUCGUGCUCGCCAUGUUGGCGUUCUACGCCGUCGCAAACGCCGCGGUUGGUCCGAUAACCACGUUCGUGGCAUUAAGAUGCGUUCCCGAGAAUCAGCGUUCGGUGGGUCUAGGAUUCAUGGGCGUCAUUAGAAAACUACUCGCUAACAUCCCGACCCCCAUCCUGUUCGGUACGUUCCUGGACAAGGCCUGUCUGAUGUGGGAGGAGAAGUGUGACGAGCGUGGCUCCUGUCUCAUCUACGAUAACCACAACCUCGGGCUCUACUUCUUCACGUUAACCUUCAUCUUCGCCUGCAUGGCUGUGUUGGGGUUUUUCGGAGCUCUGUUCUCCUGGAGACGUCGCGAGUCCAAACAGCCUCGAGUAGAGAACGAAGAAAAGGAGGACGAAAAGGCGAAAGACAGAGUCAGCUUUAUUCUGGAUGACGACAGUCCAGCUUUAAGAGUCCAUUGUACCCAGGUACAGAUGACUGCAGAGACGCAACUCAUUCAGGAAUUGAAGCACACCAGCGCGGGAAAAUCACGGGAUCCAAACAAUGCCUUGAAGGAAAUGACAAAUAUUAAAGAGCGCUGGACUCUUCUGGAAGACGUUCCAGAAGACGACAAGAGUACCGGUGUAGACUACACCAGGUUUGGAUGGUGGGGGUUCCGGCCAAGAUGCCUGCAGAUUCUCAGCGGGGUGAAUGGGAUGCUAUUUUUACUCUUCUGGUUCGUCUUCGCUCAAGGCGUCAUCGUGAACGGUCUUGUCAACACCAGCAUCUCUUCUAUAGAGAAACGGUACAACCUAUCAAGCUCAAAGACAGGUAUCGUGUCUAUAGGUUACGAUAUCGGGAAUGGCGCACUAGGUCUUCUGGUGACGUACUGGAUCAGGACCAGGCGGGACAAGGUAAGGGCCAUCUCCCUGGGCGCCCUGCUCCUACCGGCAGGCGGCCCGUCCGACCCCCGGUGGCUGGGUGCCUGGUGGCUCGGCUUCCCCGUCUUCGCCUCCAUCGCUCUUCUCGUCUCACCCUGGCUAGCCGGGCUGCCUGGGGAGUAUCCAAAGAACGUUAGUCCGUCUACUGGUACCACGAAAAGCAAAGAAGAACCAGAAAACAAAGGGCUAGUCGACUUCUUCAGAGAGAUGGCGUCCUUGUUUAAGAUCCCCACGCUGCUGUUCCUGACGUCGGCGGCCUGUGGGACGGCCAUGAGCUUCAACGGACUCAUCACCUUCACGGUCAAGUACAUCGAGAACCAGUUCGCACAGCCUGCUGGGUGGUCCGCCAUCUUGGCAGGCAUGGUUCUGAUACCAGGCGGGAUGGGAGGUGCCCUGCUCGGCGGCGUGCUGAUGAGGAGACUCCGGGUGGGAAUCCCCGGCGCCCUGAAGCUGGCCCUCGCGGGAAGUAUCGUCAUGGGCCUGACCUCCGCCGGCUUCCUGCUGCGGUGUCAGAACAUCAACAUGGCCGGGGUUACUUCGCCUUAUCAUCAGGGACCGACGCCAGUACCGCCCGUAGUCGGUGCCGGGGAGGUUGUGUCGUCCUGUAAUGUGAACUGUAACUGUCAGGCCAAGUACGACCCGGUCUGCGCUCCUGACGGGGUGGAGUAUUUCUCUCCUUGCGUCGCCGGGUGCAGGGAAAAACUGCCAGACGAUAGCAAGUUUCAGAGAUACGCCAUGUGUGCCUGCCUACCCACCAAUCAGUCUAUGGCAAACGGAAGCGCCGGAGUUGAGAAGACGGUCACCUCGGGUCACUGUGCUAGCAGCUGCGGACUACUGCCGGUAGUGAUGUGCCUGCUGUUCCUGUAUGCUGUAGGGAUGGCGUCUAUGGGGCCAGCCAUGCUCUUCUCUACUCUGAGAUGUGUACAGGAAAGUCGCCGGUCGCUGGCUCUGGGGUUCAAGAGUCUUCUUGCCAGGUUCCUGGGUGCGAUCCCUGGCCCCAUCUUGUACGGCAGUCUGAUAGACCGGGCCUGUCUGUUGUGGAACGAGUCAUGUGAUCAGAAGGGAGCGUGUCUGGUGUACGACAACACCAACCUCAGCGUCUACUUCUUCUCCGUCACCUUCAGUCUGGCGUGCUGGAUCUUCCUAUCGCUCUGCCUGGCUCUGUACUCCUGGAGGCGCGGUGAAAUGAACGGGAAGCUGACAGAAGAAAAGGACGCUAGGCUGGACGACGAUGCCAGGAAAAGGACGAGCGGAAUUCUGGAAAUCGUACAUCACCGUGAAACGACAGUGUAGCAAUUUGUAUUAGUGUACAAUGUAGCCAUUUAUAUUAGUGUACAACGUAGCCAUUUAUAUUAGUGUACAAUGUAGCCAUUUAUAUUAGUGUACAAUGUAGCCAUUUAUAUUAGUGUACAAUGUAGCCAUUUAUAUUAGUCUACAAUGUAGCCAUUUAUAUUAGUGUACAAUGGUUUGCAUAUAUAGAUGCACCUAGCCUCGGUGCUAUUUGUGGUUCCCAGAGGAUGUCAUCCAUAUAAUCACACCAACAUGGCCUAACACAGUAUUGUCACAAUGUCAUUUAGUAUCAAAAUAAUUUUUUUUAAAUCUUUACUUUGGAUUGCUAUAUACAAUAUCGUGCAAUCAUCUGAUUUCCCUGAAUUUGUUGAAUACUGACUCCCCUGUCACGGACAUUACUAUCUAUGAUUAGUUGAAAUACAGAGAAACAUACAGAAAAAUUGUCAGGAUUUGAUUAAUUGUUGACAACAAUGUUAGCACGAGGACAAUGGAGGUCGAAUACAAGAUCGUUAUCAAGAACCAAGCUGGUAAC